AUGGAGCGAGGGAAUAAAGAUAUGAGAAGUUUAAUUAAACUUUUUGAAAAACGAGAGAAGAAUUCGACUGAAAGCGUGGAGGACGCGGUAAAUAAUGUACUAAUACAGACGCCAGAGAAAGAAAAUGGCAUCGAGGCAUCAGAGGCUGAAAACCCAGCGGCGGAUCUUGAGGCUCUUAUUGAGCGGUUGGAGCGUGUGACGUCACGUCUGGAACGCUUGCCCUGCUUCAGUGAUCCAAUACCAAGUCCCAAAUCUCAAGUAGCAUCGCCCGUGUGCUUAGUCACACCACCGCAGGUCCUGAUCCCAACGGACAAUAUGAGUAUCAACGGUUAUCAAGACAUACUGCAGGGACCCCUGCGGACAUACCUUGAGCUGUCCCAAAAAAUCGGUGGCGAUGUGGCCACUCAUGCAAAACUCGUCAACGAGGCAUUCCAAGCUCAAUAUGGCUACAUUCAACUAGCCGCCUCUCGGAGCAAACCUUCCCAGGGAGAAGAGAUGCAACUAUUGUCGCCAACCAGUGAGAAGAUCUCCGCUAUCCAACAGUUCCGCGAAAAGAACAGGGUGUCUACCUACUUUAACCAUCUGUCUGCGAUUUCCGAAAGUAUACCAGCACUGGGAUGGGUCGCCAUAUCUCCCACACCGGCACCAUACGUCAAGGAGAUGAAUGACGCUGGCCAGUUUUACACGAACCGUGUUCUCAAGGACUGGAAGGAGAAGGAUAAGACACACAUAGAAUGGUGUCGUACAUGGGUGCAGCUUUUAUCGGAUUUGCAGGCCUAUGUGAAACAGUACCACACCACAGGUCUUGUUUGGUCUGGAAAGGGUGGAGCCCCACCUCCACCUCCACCUGGGGGGCCUGCCACCGCCCCCGAUGCCCGAGAGGGAAUCACUAGCAACCUCCGCAAAGUGACGUCAGAGAUGCAGACCCACAAGAAUCCCCAGCUGAGAGAGGGGCCUGCGCCUUUUAAAGCUGCGCCCCGAGGCGCACCAGCCAAGCCUCUGCCUACUCCCGGUGCCGGAGCCCUACCAGACAAACCGCCCAUCUUCGCUCGGGACGGCAAGAAAUGGCUCAUUGAAUACCAAAAGGGUAACUCCAACUUGGUUGUGGAGAACGCAGACAUGAACAACAUGGUGUACAUGUUCAGAUGUCGUGAUUCGGCGCUUACUGUACGCGGCAAGGUGAACGGUGUGAUCCUAGACUCUUGCACCAAGUGUGCGGUGGUCUUUGACAACCUGGUCUCCAGCAUCGAAUUUGUCAACUGUCAAUCUGUUCAGAUGCAGGUAUGUGGAAUGACAGCUUUACAGUUGAACACUAGACAUCUCUUUUCAAAUGUAUCUACCAAACUUGACAAAAUAUAA